AUUUGUGUUGACGGGGACGCGACGCAUAUAACAGAGUCGGUGGCCCUUUCUGAUCUGAAGACAUAGUCGCCAUUCAAAAAUGUGGUUAAGCACAUUUUCACGUUUUGCUCUGCCGGCCCUGCAGAGGAGCACCUCUGCCAUGACCUGCCAGGCACUGAGGGCUUGUCGUAGACCUGGGCUGGCUGCAAAUCCACUACGCGCUUGUCUGACUUCAGCGCAGCUUCGUGGGCAUCAGACACUCGGCUCAGCCUCUCUUCCCGAGGCUCGACACUCAAUGAGGCACGUCCGGGCCCUCGAUGAGGACAGGCUGCUGGAGGUGGAGUGGGAGGAUGGAGGCCAGAGCUUGUAUCCGUUCACCUGGCUGAGAGACAACUGCCAGUGUCCGCUGUGCACGCUGCAGUCGGCUCAGGCCCGGAAACUGCUGAUGGCUGAUCUCGAUAUUCACACGGGAGUCGACGUUGUGGAGGUCACCAAUGACAACAAGGUGUCCAUCGUGUGGCCUGACCAGCACACCAGCGUAUUUGAUGCAGAGUGGCUCAAGAAACGCUGUUUUUCUCCUGCUGCAAGACAGGCGAUGCAAGAGGAGCUCUUCCUCAAUGAGCGUUAUUACUGGGACAGCAAUCUGCGUAUUCCCACAGCAGACUACGAGGAAGUCCUGCGUGACGAUAAGGCAGCGCUGGCCUGGCUCCUGGCCCUGCGUCGCGUCGGCAUCGUCUACCUGAAGGGGGCUCCGCCAGAGAAAGGCCAUGUGGCCAGACUCGCAGAGAGGAUCGGUUAUCUCAGGCUGACUUUCUACGGGCACACAUGGCAGGUCCAAGACAAAUACAUGGCAAACAAUGUGGCCUACACUUCAGGCAAGCUCAGUCUCCACACAGACUACCCUGCCUUACACUUUGCACCUGGAGUGCAGUUUCUCCAUUGCAUCAACCAGGCAGCGGACGGAGGGGAGAGCGAGGUGGUGGAUGGCUUCCACAUGGCCGAGCAGCUGCAGAGAGAAGACCCUGAGGCCUUCGACACCCUCACCUCGCUCCAAGUGGACUUCACCGACACGGGGAUGGACUACUGCGACUUCAUGCUGCAGUCCAAGAAAUGCAUCAUCGACGUUGAUGCCGCGGGUCGAGUCGCGAGGAUAAACUACAAUAACGCCACCAGAGAUUCAGUGCUGGACUUGCCCCUGCAUCAGGUUCAGCCCUUCUACCGAGCGCUGAAGGCCUACGUGAAUGUCAUGAACCGACCAGAGAACAUGGUCACCUACUGCAUGGAGCCAGGCGACAUUGUGACCUUCGAUAACUGGCGUCUGCUGCACGGCCGGAAGAGCUACAUCAGCAGACCAGACAGGCUGCGACACCUGGAGGGCGCCUACCUGGACUGGGAUGAAGUCAUGUCUCGCCUCCGGAUUCUCCGCAGCUCGGUCCAGGGGCACAUGUGA